UAUUAAAUUGGCACGUGUCAAAUCAACAAUAAAAAUUAUGUCAUGAAGGCCCACAGCGAAAAUCAUUAAGUUCGUAUAGACCAUUCACUUUUGUUCACAAAAUUGCUCGUCGUUUCAUUCGAAGUUGAUCAUAAUGGACCCGUACAAUCCGGAUUGCCCCAAAUUGCCUUGGAUGGUGGAAUUUUUCAAGUCCGAAGAUGGAGAAGUCCUGAAUAAUCAACUGGAAGCUGCUUUUGCCAGCACCGCACUGAGCCAUCUGAGCAGUUUGAGCAUGAAGUCGAAAGCCUCAGUUUUUCGGGCAAGUCAGCUGGUUUGUACUUUGCCUCUGAAUGCGACUUGCCACACCAUUGAAGAGCUGAUGAGUUUGGGUAUGUCAGUUGCUCGUAUCACAGUGCCCGGGAACCAGAAGGAUAAAAUUUUGGAAAUGAUUGCCAAGGUGAGGGUGCUGACUGAAAGAUUCAGCAAGAAGAUUGGUCGGAUAUAUCCGCUUGCGCUUGCCAUUGAUGUCAGAGGACCGGAAAUUCGCAUUGGCAAACUGGAAAAGAACAGGGAUUCUCUUUAUCUUCCAAAAGGGAAAUUAACUGCUUUAACCUCGGACGAAGCAUAUGAAGAGUUUGUCAAUGAAGACAUGAUUUUCGUGGAUUAUCAAAAGCUUUCUGAGAUCAUCCAGCCAGGCGAUAAAGUCCUCAUUGACUAUGGCGCGCUUCAUUUAUCUGCCAUCGAAGUGGCUGAAAGCAUAGUGAAGUGCAUCGUUGAAAAGGCUGGUACGCUUAUUGGACGCUCUUCUGUAAUAAUUCCAAAUGCCCCUAUAGAUCUUCCGGUGAUUUCCAGUGAAGACAUGGACAUUCUCAAGCUGGCCAUAGAUAAUCAUAUAGAUUACAUUGUCGUUUCCGGCAUUUACAGCAAGGAAAAUAUCUCCGAUAUUAAAAGGCUUGUAGGGGGCGUUGACACAUUGCAAAUCCUUACAAAAAUCGAAAAUUCGAUGGCAGUAGACAAUAUCAACGAAAUCAUUGACGAAUCCGAUGGAGUUUGCAUAGAUUGCGAACGGCUGCUGUUCGAUAUUCCCAAAGAAAAGGUCUUCUUAGUGCAGAAAUCCAUACUAGCCAAAUGCAACCUGAAAGGAAUCCCAGUAAUUUGCUCCACUAACAUAGCAGAUGUUACCACCUUAUCAAAAUCAGAGGUUUGCGACAUUGCAAAUUGCAUUAUAGACGGCGCCGAUGGUUUACUAAUAAACCAAUCAGUAUGCACUAAAGAAAUCGUCAAAGAGGUUUCAGUGAUAUGCAAAGAAGCAGAACCAGCGGUGUAUCAGCGCCAAAUAUUCAACGAACUCAUUUACAACAUCCCAACACCAAACGAGUCCAUUUACUCUCUAUGCAUUUCCGCAGUAGAAGCAUCGCUGAAAACUAGUGCGGCAGCCAUCAUCUGUCUAACAACAUCCGGAAGAACUGCCAAACUGAUAUCCAGAUUUAAACCAAGGUGUCCCUUGAUUGUUAUUACGCGAUAUCCCAGAGUGGCCCGGUUGCUCCGGUUGUAUAAAAGCAUCGACCCGAUUAUCUAUUUGAAGGCAUUUAGUGGGAAUUACGAUCAUGAUUUAGAGGACAGAGUCCAGCUUGGAAUCACCUAUGGGAAGCUUAUGGGGUAUAUAAAAAUGGGCGAUUCGUUGGUCACUGUUACAGGAUCGAGACCUGAAGCAGGCAUACCUAACUCAAUGAAAAUAUUGUAUGCUUCGGAUUAUGAUACUUUAUUGAAUAAAAUCAGAUAUUGAUUUCUCCCUUA